GUUUGGGCCGCCCCUGCUACAUCGUCAAUAUCUCUCUCGCUCUCGCUGUCUUUGUUACGCACACGCGCACCAACACCAUGAAGCUCUCUUUUUCUCUCUCUUCAAACCCAUCCUCACUGCCCCAGCACCUCAAACGUUCGCAAACUCUCAAUAACCCCAAGGACCAAGAGGAUCUAACAACAACCUCGAAACAAUACAUCACUGAAUUUGAUUCCUUAGAAACCCUAAAAAUUUUGGAAUCCAAAAAGCUGAUUAUCCCCCCCAAAGCCAAUGAAUGGAGGCCUUGCAAGAAGACGAAGAACCUCGAUCUUCCGGCCCAAUCCAGCGGCCCAGAUAAUCUCCAGUUUGAACUGGAGCCCACCUCUUCCAUAGAUCUCACCGAUUCUUCCAUCUCCUACGGCCUGAAUCUACGGCAGUCCAUUAACAAUGACGCAGUUGCGGAGCCGCAGCGGCCGGAGCCGAUAGAGAGCGUGAUGUUACAGAAAUUGAAAGAUGAUUUGCAGAGGCUGCCGGAGGAUAAGGGGUUCGAUGAAUUUACGGAUAUGCCCGUUGAAGGUUUUGGGAAAGCGUUGCUCAGUGGGUAUGGUUGGUACGAGGGUAGGGGCAUUGGGAGGAAUGCAAAAGAAGAUGUAAAAGUUGUUGAAUAUACCAGGAGGACUGCCAAAGAAGGCUUAGGGUUUGUUGGUGAAGUUCCCCAAAGAGAUAAUAAAAACACGAAACAAGAGAGAGAGCAAAGGGGCAAUAUUGGUAAGGAAAAGGAUAAAAGUGGGUUCUAUGUGGGGCAGGACGUUAGGGUAGUUGGUGGGAAGAAUAUGGGGCAAAAGGGUAGGAUUCUGGGGGUGAUGGGUGGUGGGGAUUCAAUUAUUUUAAAACUUUCCCGAAACGAGGAGGAAGUUAUGGUCCGUUUUCGCGAUCUUGCUGACUUGGGUUCUGUGGACGAACAAAAGUGUUCGAGGAAGUUGGGGGAGUGGAAGAUGAGAGAGUUAACGGACCAAAGGGGUAAAGAUAAAGAAUCAUCCUCUGGGAGGGGACAUAAGGAGAAGGAGGAUGAUUGGAGUAAGGGUAGGAAGAAGGAGAGUAAAAGGAGUCGAGAUGGUAGGAAUAGAGGUAAUUGUGAAGAAGAGGUGAGUGCGAGGAAUCCAGUUUCUUGGUUAACUAGUCACAUAAGAGUUAGAAUUAUCAGUAAGGAGUUAAAAGGAGGGAGAUUAUAUUUGAAGAAGGGUGAGAUUGUGGAUGUGGUAGGACGGGGGAUGUGUGAUGUAUCAAUGGAUGAGAGUAAUGAGUUGAUUCGAGGAGUGGGUCAGGAACAUCUUGAGACUGCACUUCCACGGCGAGGGGGACCAGUUCUAGUUUUAUAUGGUAGGCAUAAGGGUGUUUAUGGAACCCUAGUGGAGAGGAAUACUGAGAAUGAAACUGGUGUUGUUCGAGAUGCUGAUACUCACGAGUUGCUCAAUGUGCACCUUGAACAAAUUGCUGAGUUCAUUGGAGAUCCGAGCUACAUUGGAUAUUGA